AUGGGAAUCACAGAACGCCCAACACUGGUAGUGGGUGUUGAUUUUGCUAACAGCCAAAGGGUUGCCUGGGGAUUCAAAGAUCGCCCCGAUGAUGUCGACCUCAUUCAGAGCUGGCCGGGCGGUGGGAAUGCUACGAGUCAAAAAGUACCGACUGUCUUUUCGUACGAAGACAAAGGAGUGCGGUGGGGAUACCAGGUCGACCAGAGUGCCUACCUAGGCAAGAAGCGGCAGCCCAUUCGAGGUGUCAAGCUCCUACUGGAUGAAAGCCAAAAAUACCGAUAUGACCCCGCGAAAGAGUCCGAGAAAACCCUGAAGACCCUCAAAAGAUCCCCCGUGGAAGCUUCAGGGGACUACUUGGGCAAGAUUGUUGCCCACGCUCGUGACAUCCUACUUCGUCGCUUUGGAACUGCCCUGGAAGCAAUGGACUUACAAUACGUUCUGACGGUUCCAGCUGUGUGGUCUGAUAAGGCCAAAGACUCUACUAGGCAAGCGGCAUAUGCAGCUGGCAUAGACUUUGCUAAGCUCACUUUGCUUUCGGAGCCCGAGGCGGCGGCUGUUUACGCCAUUCGCACCAUGGUAAAGGAUUCGGCUACGAAGGGAGAUUGUUUCGUCGUCUGUGACGCUGGUGGAGGUACAGUUGACAUUAUCACCUACCGCGUGAACGAGGUCGCUCCUAUGAGAUUUGAAGAAGUUACAGAAGGAACGGGAGCUGUGUGCGGCUCGGUGAUGUUGGAUGAGAGGUUCGACGCACUUAUUAGAGCGACCAUUGAGAAGAAGUCGGGCAAAAGGCUACCUGAGGCGACCGCUGCUGCUGCAAUGAAAUACUGGCAGGAUUACAUCAAGCCAGGAUACACUGGCCCCCUCGAGGAAGAUGAGUAUGAUGACCCUGGUUAUUGGGUUCCCGUUCCUGGCGUUGUCGGUAUCAAAGAGGUCGAGCUAAGUCAGGGUCAUCUUUACGUUGACAAGAGCCAAGUAAAGGAUAUAUUCGAUCCCAUUGUUGAUCAAAUUCAAGAACUCAUCUCCGAGCAACGAAACAAAGUCAAGGAAUUGGGUGACGUGACUAAGGCUGUCAUUCUCGUUGGAGGGUUAGGCGCUUCUCAAUACCUUUUCGCUCGCACACAAGCAGCGGCUGGGGGUAUUCAAGUCAUUCAACCUCCAAAUGCUUGGUCAGCGGUGGUCCGUGGUGCUGUACAUCGUGGUCAAGAGGGUAACCAGGUUGAUGGCCGUAUCGCUCGAGCAAGCUACGGAGUGAAGCAUGAAGUAACCUGGGACCCUUUAAGAUACUCUAAAGAGGAAGCCCAUUGGUCCACUUUGACGGAGGCAUGGUUAGUGUCGAAUCGGAUGAGCUGGUUUAUCAACAAGCAACAACCUCUGUCCGAGAGCAUGCCCAUCAAGAAGCGGUUUUGGCGUCAGACUCCCACUCGAAACCCAAGUUUGAAGUUUGAAGACAUUUUAUAUUUUUGCUCGGAAGACCAGCCCCCGAGUAAAAUCGAUUCUAGCGCGGUACCUCUAUGCGCUGUCAAAUCAGACCUCACCAGGGUGCCAAGGGAGCUUUUCGACACCAAAACGAAUUCCAAAGGCGAAAGUUAUUAUGAUAUCACUUUUGAUUUGGUCUUCACGCCAGUGUCAGCUGGACUACUUUUCAGCCUUGACUUUAAUGGAAUGUCGUACGGCAGUGUGCGAGCUAGCUACUGA